UACUAUCCACAGUUCCACACUUUCCUAAAAUCAACGGUCACCCUACGUUCCUCGCUUGCUCCUCCUCCACUCCAGCCACUUUCCUAGUUUCCUCAUCCUAUCUUCGAUUCUGUUCAUUCUUUUUUUUCCGUGCCAUAGGUCCCGGUUUCCUCUUCUACAUCUGGGAUACAAUUUUUGGUUUUGUAUCCGCUUUAUUGUUAAGGGUAUUUCCUGAUUUGGUUUUUCUAUUUUUUUUUCGGUUGCGAGGAUUAGGAUUUUGUAUUUGCUUAUUGAUUCAUUGCCGAGCUUUUCUUCUAUUCGGAGUUUUGAUUUUGAUUUGAUUCAGAGCGGCUCGCUAUUUGACUGUUAACUUUUUUGGCUGAUUUGUAUCUGGGUUUCGGCUCUUUGGGAAGAUUUGUUCCCCUUAUUCCGUUCUUUUGGACAUCUGGGGUACCCGCAAGUCCUCAUUUUUUCUUCUCCUGAUUUGUUAUCGCUAGUUACCUCUUUGAAGGUUGAGAUUCGGUGACAUACAGUUGCUUGUGAUUGGGAUCUGGGCGGCGGGCUUUGGUUUUGGUGAGAUUUGUAGUCUUUCAAUGGGCUGUUUGGAUGAUGGGCAUUUUGGUGUGGAGCUUGAUAAUGGAGUGAAAUUGAGUUGCAUUGAGUUGGGCGUAGAAGGAGAGCCAGAGACCGUAGCUAUUGAAGAGGCUGUGAAAGUUCUGCUGCAGGGUUUGGGAGAGGAUAUCAAUAGAGAAGGUCUCCUAAAGACCCCUCUCCGGGUUGCCAAAGCACUUCGCCAGGGAACCACAGGUUACAAACAAAAGGUGAAAGACAUUGUCCAAGGUGCUCUAUUUCCUGAGUCUGGUUUAGAUAAUGCAGCUGGUUAUGCUGGAGGUGUGGGUGGGCUUGUAGUUGUUCGUGAUCUUGAUCUCUUCUCAUACUGUGAAACUUGCUUGAUUCCAUUCCAGAUUAAGUGUCAUGUAGGUUAUGUGCCAUGUGGUCAGCGUGUUGUAGGGUUAAGCAAGCUCUCUAGAGUGGCUGAUGCCUUUGCAAAACGACUCCAAGAUCCACAGCGUUUGGCAGAUGAAAUUUGUUUUGCUCUGGAUCACGGUAUCAAGCCAGCAGGUGUUGCUGUCUUACUCCAAUGUUCACAUUUACGUUUCCCCAAUGUACAAUCAUUCUUUCUCGACUCUAACCAUCAAGGAAGUGUAAAGGUGCUUGUGAGUUCAGGUUCGGGAGUUUUUGAAAAUGAAAAAGCUGAUGCUUGGAGUGAUUUUUUCAGUCUGAUGAGAUUCAGAGGCAUAAGUGUGGAUAAAAUUCAUAUGAGAGACUGCACAGAGCAAUGCUGGUGUCCAUUCCGCUCUUCCUCUAGUGAGAUAUUUUCCUCCAAUGUUGGACCAGCCAACCCAGGGAUGAUUGCUGCAGCAACUUCAAUUCUCAGAUCAUUGGGUGAAGAUCCCUCAAGAAAAGAACUUAUAGGAACUCCUAGUCAUUUUGUGAAUUGGUUAAUGAACUUCCAGAAUACAAAUUUGGAGAUGAAGCUGAAUGGCCCUGUCUAUGGUAAAAAUGAUUAUAUCCGAUCCAAUGGAGAAAUCAUCCAUAAUGAAGAACAAUUACGUACUGAGUUGAACCUGCCAUUCUGGUCUCAAUGUGAGCAUCAUUUACUUCCCUUUCAUGGUGUUGUCCAUAUUGGCUACUUCUCUGCUGACAGAAUCAACCCCAUCGGAAGGUCUCUUUUGCAGUCUGUGGUACACUUUUAUGGCUUCAAGCUCCAAGUACAGGAAAGGUUCUCCAGGCAAAUUGCUCAGACUGUCUCAUCGUUAUUAGGUGGAGAUGUGAUGGUACUUGUGGAGGCUAAUCACACCUGCAUGAUUUCAAGGGGGAUAGAGAAGGUUGGAAGUAAUACGGCAACCAUAGGUGUAGUGGGUCGAUUCUCUACAGAACCCGCUGCAAGGAGCAUGUUCUUAAGGAGUAUUCCAAACUUUGCUACAUCUGCUGGUUCCGACUUUAGUUCAACUGCCUAAUCUAUAUUUGACUUCUUGAUGGCUUUUCUUUAAUUCUGCAAUACCAGGUAUGCAGAAAUAAGUUUUGACUGAACUUUUGACGAUUGGCCGAACCAGUCUAGCAUGGCUUCAGUUUUGCAUUGGUUUGAAAAGGGAAGAUAUCUUGAAUUAUUCAUUUUCUGGUAAUGUUCUGUUCAUUGUUUGUAGCAUAAACCCUUUGGAAGAUAAGUCCAAGGGCAUGUCAUCCUUUCAUUUCAUGAUCAGUGAUCAGUGUAUUGCAACGUCAUUUUCAACCCCAAAAAAUGGGACUUGUAAUGUUAAGAAAAUCACCAAAGUAUUUAUUCAAGUUUGUCACAUGAAAUAGAAGGAUAUCAUUUUUGUCUAA